ACACCCCUGUUGAGAAAUAGGAGGGCGAUAACACACAAACCACACUUGUAAUUUUGGUGUAGGGAUGUAUUUCGCAAAUGAGGGCUUCUCAGUUAAACCCAAAGUGAAGACUAUCCGGUAGGAAUGUUCCUGACUUCUCCCUUUAUCUGACAGGCUUAUGAGUCAAAAAGCAUUUGUACCCUCUGCUACAAUAGAUUAUUUCAACUGUAUACCUCUAAUAUUAUUGUUCUAUUAUAUAAAUACCUGUACAACUAUAUUUCAGAUUAUUUAAUUGUCUCAUCUUUACACAUUUCCAAAAAGUUACAUAAUUUCAGGCUGUUUAAAAGUACCCGGUAUGGGGGAAAAUACCGGUACAGAGUAUAAGGUCUCGGGUUUGUGCGAGACUUUACACGUUAGAAAGGCUGUUUUCGCGUCAUAAUGAGCUUUAGAAGCCCAUUGUUCAGUGUUCGGUUUAAUGAAGGGCUCAUUCACCGUUUAACAUCUGACUGGCCUCGUUUUCUGUGUGGAGAAGAAUGGCUGUUAAUGAAGGAAAGGAGGCUGCUCUGUCAUUGGUGGAUGUAGCUGAGGAUGAGGAGCUUCGUGAAGCUCUUGCAGUUCUGGCUGGCAGUGACCCCAACCAGUGCUCCUAUCAGCAGGGGUAUGUGAAGAGACAGGCCGUGUUUGCCUGCAGUACUUGCACAAGUGAAGGCAUGGAGCCAGCUGGAGUUUGCCUCGCCUGUGCUAACCACUGUCAUGAUGGCCAUGACAUCUUUGAACUGUAUACAAAAAGGAACUUUCGCUGUGAUUGUGGGAAUAGAAAAUUUGGUUCUUUUAAGUGCAAACUUAGUCCUGAAAAAGAUGGUCAGAACACCAAAAACCUUUAUAACCACAAUUACUUUGGACGUUACUGCUCCUGUGACAGACCUUACCCUGAUGAUGAUGAUCAGGUUGGUGAAGAAAUGAUACAGUGUAUUCUGUGUGAAGACUGGUACCACUCAAAGCACCUGGGCUGUGCAGUAGUAGACUCAGAAGAGUUACUGGAGAUGGUAUGUGAGAGCUGUGUGAACAGAGCUCCUUUCCUGUGGACCUAUGCUGCAUACUUUGCAACUUCACCGGUAACCAGUAAAGAGGAUGAAGAUGUGACUGUGGUGGAUGAUGAAGAAGAGAAGGAAACAACAUUGCAUCCAUGCAGGAAUGGGCAUGAUGAACCUUCCACAAGUCAAGGCUGUCAAAAGGAGCAGCCUACUCUUAAUGGUACUAGAGCCAUAAGCCACAAGAGGACUCAUGAGGAGAUGGAGAGCACUUCAUCAGCAUGCCAAUCUGAAAAUUCACCAUGUAAAUUAAAGGAGCUUAAGGCCAAAGGCUUGGUGAGACCCAGGGUUGGGGCAGUGUUCUGGCCUUACUGCUGGCGGUCCAAGCUUUGCACUUGCACAGGCUGCAAGAGAGCGUAUGUGGAGGCAGGUGUUCAGUUCCUGCUGGAUGAGUCAGACACUGUACUUGCGUAUGAGAACAGGGGCAAAGCACUGCUGAGGGAAGACUUGCUUAUGUCCUGCCUUAACUCCCUGGACCGUGUCCAGCAACUGGAGAUCAUUUACCAGUACAAUGACAUGAAGGCUGAGCUACAUGCGUUCCUACGGGAAUUCGCAGACCAGGGGAAGGAGGUGACCCCUGAAGCUAUCCGCACCUUUUUCGAAGAGCUUCAGGCUAGGAAAAGGAGACGGUCCAGCGCUGGGCAGUACUACUGCAGCUGAGCUGGUAUGGAUCAGGCCAUUGUUGCAUUCCACACCCUGGACAAGCUACACUUUCUCUCAAAGUGUUCUAGAAACCCUGUUUGGAAUAAAGCUGCAAAUUCAAAAGGA